AUGCCGUCUCCUAGUACAAUAGACUUCCUGCUGGUAACGCUGCGGUAUGCGUUAGACUGGGUCCUGGUUAUCGGUUUUACUCUGGCGGCUGGGUUUUUGGGAAAUAUUGAUGGUGCACGAAGACCGUUUAAUCCGUACGAUCCGUCGUAUAGCUUCCCAUAUCACGAUGAUACUGUGUCUGUGAUUCAACUUGGAAUUGUCGCGAUAUUAGGACCAGCUGUUAUUAUGAUGCUCUGCUGUCUCCUCGCCCCUCGAUCUGCUCUCCCCGCCCUUGCAAAUUAUCCAAAUGCACCAUCUUCAUUGGUCUGGAAGCACAAACUACUCAACUGGAAUCGCGCAUGGCUCGGUCUUGGCCUGACCGAUGCUCUUGCAUUCUUCAUUUCAAACUGCCUCAAGAACGUCUUCGGAAAGCCUAGACCCCAUAUGAUUUCCGUCUGCAAACCGGACUGGGACAGAGUCGCAGAGAUCAUAAAGACUACAAGAACUGGGCCCCAGGGUAUCCUUGCCUGGAAUCCUCUAGUCACCUCCGAGAUCUGCACUACGACCGAUCAUGAGAAACUCUCCGAGGCCUUCCGAAGUUUUCCCUCUGGGCAUUCAGCUAUGUCCUUCUCUGGCUUAACAUUUUUGUCACUUUUCCUCUAUUCGACUCUUGUAUUGACACUUCGCAGCACUUCGACUUCAAAACUUCCUUAUACAAAUGCCGAUGUCAAACGCUCGGAUGAAUCUAAUGAAAAGAGCUCCAGCUCUGACCGUGCCUCAAAGCUACACCCACCAUCGCUCCCAUUAAUCACUUUUGUGGUCGUUAUUGCCGCCUUCUGCCUUGCAAUGUGGAUCGCAGCGACUCGAUACCUUGACUUCAAACACGCAGGAAUUGAUAUCUUCUCCGGCUCGCUUUUGGGAUUCUUCUCUGCAAUCUGUGGAACUUGGUGGUACGCUAUGCCUGCCGCAGGUGGCGUUGCAAAGGGUCGGAUCAGGUCUGGCUACAGGGAUGAUCUUAGGAUGGGACGUAGAGGUGUAGCAGAUGGUGAUUAUGACCACGAACCUAGAGGACCAAUCAGCGCAGGAGAAGGAAUGCUGUUAGGUCAUAGGGAAAGCGUGGAUGAGAACGAUCAGCCGAAAUUCGAGCCUCAGACCUCUAGACCCAUGGUUUAG